AUGGAUCCUUCUGAGCGUCCUGGCACUUAUAACUACAACAAAGGAGAGUUCAUACAAGGCCAGAAGCGUCGCGGGCAACCAACGACUCCCCCACACUCGUCGCAACCUUCAUACGACCCAACGGACUUUUCCCUUGAACCUCCUCCUCCUCCGAGUCCCUCACCGACGUCGCCAGCUACGACAAGAGCCUCUUCUUCACCUCGCCCAAAGAACAAGUCUCGCCCGAGACGCGUGUAUUCCCCUGAGGACUUUUCUCUCGAGAUCAAGACCUCUCCUUCCAAAACGUCCACCCCAAGAACUUCUCCUCCAACGGCCUCUCCUCCGAUGGCAUCUCCCCUGAAGCCUCGUUAUACCCCCGCCGACUUCGACUUGGGCCCCGCCGCACAAGCGGUCACUAUGUCCAAGCCGGUCAAGAAGCUUAGACUGGACACCAACUUACCUGCGGCAACUGAUCGGAAACGCGACCAACCCGUGUACUCGCCGUCUGAUUUUUCAUUGGAUGUACCGAACCGACCGGCACAGCCCGAGCGACCGCAGUACUCGCCGGAGGACUUCAAGCUCUUUGACGGACACGAGAACAAAUCCAGUGUUGAUCGUUCGGUUAAGGCCGUCAAUGCAAGGGACCAACCUGAUCGGGGGGACGAGGAUGGGAUUCCUCCUGCGUCCGCCGGCAGCGGUAGCGACGCCGUGGGAGGCCCCGGCCCUUCGCAGUCGUUCAAGGGCGCUGGUGGUCGGUCCCUAGACAGUCGAGUGCCUUCACCGGUCUCGCGCAAGGCCGCGUAG